UUCCGAGAGGUUCUAGCCCGCAGCCCGCCGCCUCCUCCUCCUUCAGCAUCAGCCCCAGCGGAAAGCCGUCGCGAGCACAGGCGACCAUGUCGGAGACUGCUCCGGAAGCGCCCGUAGCCGCGGCGCCGGCCGCCAAGGCACCGGCCAAGAAAGCCAAGAAGCCGGCGGGAGCCGCCAAGGCGCCGCGCAAGGCGUCGGGUCCCAGCGUGACGGAGCUGCUGACCAAGGCGGUGGCCGCGUCCAAGGAGCGCAACGGGGUGUCCCUGGCGGCGCUUAAGAAGGCGCUGGCGGCCGCCGGCUACGACGUGGACAAGAACAACAGCCGCAUCAAGCUGGGCCUCAAGAGCCUCGUCAGCAAAGGCACCUUGGUGCAGACCAAAGGCACGGGCGCCUCGGGCUCCUUCAAGCUCAACAAGAAGCAGCUGCACGACACGGUCAGGGACAAGGCGGCGGCGGCCGGGGCCAAGAAGAAGCCGGCCGCCAAGAAGAGUCCCAAGAAGGCGGCGCCCAAGAAGCCCGCCUCCGGCUCGGCCAAGAAGCCCAAGAAGCCGGCCGCCAAGAAGAGUCCCAAGAAGGCGGCCGCGGCCAAGAAGCCGGCGGCGGGCGCCAAGAAAGCGGCGGCCAAGAGCCCCAAGAAGGCCAAGGCCGCCAAGCCCAAGAAGGCGGCGCCCAAGAGCCCCGCUAAGGCCAAGGCCGUCAAGGCUAAGGCCAAAGCCAAGCCCAAGACGCCCAAGGCCCGAGUGGCCAAGCCCAAGAAGGCGGCGCCCAAGAAGAAGUGAAGAGGCCACGCCCGCCCGCCAGCAGCCGUCGCCAUCCCAAAGGCUCUUUUAAGAGCCACCCACUUUCUCACCCGGAAAGAGCUGGCUUACGCACCAGAGGUUCUCCCCGUACUUUGAAACUCACACACCCCUCUCGCCCGCUUCUUCAUAACAAAUCAAGGGACGCUGCAAUCCCUGUGCGCACUUGCACCCUAGUCUGCGCUAGCACUUCGGUGCAGCUAUGCACAGGGUUGAGUGGUUCGCCUCCUUAGCAGUGGUUUGGGGUACUUGGUUUUACAGGGCAGUAGUAUACUGUAAUUGAGCGAAAUUACUCGUGUGCCUACUCCUGUGUUGUCAGCUAAGAGUGAAUUGAGGGAAUUUUAAUAAGUCUUCGCUGGUUCAGACUUAAGAGUGGGCAACAUUUUCGCGAGGGGGUCUCGAGUGCAACAAAGUUUGGUAUACGAGUUCCAGGGUGUAGACACACAAUUUCUCGGUAGGUAUAUCCCUUAUUCCACUCCGCCCACAAGAAUGAACGCUGAAAUUCCAGUACGCGCUUGCGCCAGUCAUCACUAGUCAUUUUCCCAGAUCCUUAAAUCCCCCAUAUUUCCAGCCUGAAGGAGCUGCUGCCACCCUUGUCAAUAAUUUAGUGCUUGACUCCGUAUAAACUCACGAUAAUAGGGUAGCGAGGUCUCCUUUGCCAUACCCUGCUAAAUCCUAUCCGCCAUGCACCCAACCAACAGUGCCCAUUCCCCCCCCCACACACAAUCU